AUGUCGGAUGAGGCGAAUCUUAAGGGAUGGCUCUUCAAGUGGACCAAUUAUUUAAAGGGCUAUCAGAGGAGGUGGUUUGUUCUUUCAAACGGCUACCUCUCUUAUUACAGAUCGCAGCAGGAAAUGUCCUACACUUGUAGAGGGACGAUAAAUGUUUCUGGGGCGGAAAUAAGCUUCGAAGACCGAACUAGUUUCACCGUAACUUCUGGUUCGAACAUUUCGUGGCACUUGAAGGCGCAAAGCGAAGUGGAGAGACAGCGCUGGAUCCACGGGCUCGAGCUGGCGCGGGCGGGACAGCCGCGCUUCAGCGAGGAUCAAACGGACUCGGACUCGGAAGGGGAUGACGGGUCAUCGCCAGGCGAUGGCGCCGACUUGAAGCAAAUAUCGAAUAAGCUCAACGAUCUUAAAACUUGCCACGAUCUUAUCAAAAAACAUGCAUCUUCUCUUCAACGAGUCAUUGCGGAUAUGGACAAAGACGACGACAAAAUUCGGAUGUUGCAAGAGAAGACGACGCUUUUCAUGAUCACUGCCGAGGCGAUGAAUGUAGCUGCAAACGAGUUCGUCAAUCUAGCAAAGAAUUCAUCAGAAAAUUGGCAAAAAGUUCUCGCUUCAGAGAGAGCCCAAAGAUUUCGACUGGAAGAGAAUAUUGAAGCUUUAGCUCUCCAACAAAACGCGCUGGAAAGAGACUCCUCGAUCGAUAACAACUCAGAAUUUACCCAUGCCAAUGUUAUAAAGAACUACGCCGAGCCAAUGUGUGAAAGUGAUGAUGAGUUCCACGACUGUGAGACCGACGGCGAAUCAAUAGAUGUUCCUGUAGCUACGAUGACUGUCGAGACAACAAAUAAGGAUGGCAAACGCAAGCGGCGCACCACCAUUCCGGAUAAGCCGGAUAAACCACUCAACCUCUGGUCCAUAAUGCGCUCUUGCAUCGGAAAGGACCUUUCAAAAAUCCCGAUGCCAGUGAACUUCAACGAGCCGCUCUCUAUGCUGCAGCGAAUCACCGAAGACUUCGAAUACCACGACUACCUCGAUCGCGCCGCCGCCACGGACUCUGUCGAAGAACAGCUGGCCCUGGUCGCCGCCUUUUCCGUCUCUUCCUACGCAUCAACGCUUAUCAGAACGACGAAGCCCUUCAAUCCGCUGCUCGGAGAGACUUACGAGCUCGACAGAGAGGAGGAAAUGGGACUUCGUCUCAUUGUCGAACAAGUGUCGCAUCAUCCCCCAGUCGCCGCCUUCCACGCCAUUUCAUCGCGGAACGGUGGAUGGGAACUCUUCGGCGAAAUGAUGGGCUCAAUUCACGUCAAAUUCCACAAGAACGGCCAGCACUAUCACUGGAGCCGAGUCACUACUACAGUUCACAAUAUCAUCGUCGGCAAACUGUGGAUCGAGCAAAGCGGAGAGUACGAUGUGGCGUCUUCAAUAACUCCUCACAAAUGCACACUCAAAUAUCAUCCCUAUUCUUACUUCUCCCGAGAACCAGCGCGCAAAGUCACGGGCACAGUUUUCGACGCCAGUGGAAAGGCUAAAAAGUCAUUACUGGAACUUGGGAUGACCAUCUCGACGUUGCCGAUGUUACCAAGAUCAAAGACGCGAAGAAAGAAGACUACGAAACUACUCCGUCCAGAAAACUUUGGAAAAAGUACGCGCUUCCAAAAGGAGCCGAGAAGAUGUACCACUUUAGCGAGUUCACGAUUACGAAAAGAUCAGCAACUCAUGGAAGAAACUUUGUGGGACGAAGCCAAUGCUGAGAAACAGCGACUUGAGCAAGCUCAGAGAGAAAGGAGGAAAGCUAGAACGAGUCCUUGGGAGCCGGUUUGGUUCAAAGAAGAUACCUGUAAAACUUCUGGCCUCAAACUUCAUCUUUAUAAGGGCGAGUACUGGGAGAAGAAAGAAAAGCAAGAUUGGUCAAAGUGCCCUUCAAUAUUCCAAUAA